CCUGAAUCACCGGCGUGUGCCCGCCGGCCGGGCUCCGCCGAGCCUUUAAAUGCCAGUGGGCACGUACCCGGGGCCCCGCCAGCUCACCAAGCCGAGCCCGGCGCGAUCGCCCGCGGCCGGGGGCCAGGAGCCGUCAAGUCCGCUCGCCCCGCGCCCGCCGCCCCCGCGCCGGCCGAGCGCCCGCCAUGAGAGCCAUUCCCGCGCCCGGGAUCCGCUUCCUGCGCUCCUUCUCCAGGGACAGCUGGUAUCGGGGGCUGAUUCUGGUGCUGACGUUUCUGUGCUAUACCACAUUCCAUCUGUCUCGGAAGCCCAUUAGUAUUGUGAAGAGCGAACUGCACUAUAACUGCUCCUCACGGCCCAGUCCGGACAACAUCUCAAAUAGCACCACGUGGUGUGACUGGAAGCCUUUUGAUCAAGACAACUACAAGGAGCUGUUUGGAGCCUUGGAUAAUGCCUUCCUGGUUGCCUAUGCCAUUGGCAUGUACAUCAGCGGAAUUUUCGGUGAGCGCCUCCCACUGCGCUACUAUCUUUCUGGAGGCAUGGUGUUGAGUGGGCUGUUCACAUCCUUGUUUGGCCUGGGCUACUACUGGAACAUCCACCAACUUUGGUACUUUGUGCUCGUACAGGUAUGGAGAGUCAUCGUGUCUGCCAGGGGCCUUUCUGCUCAGGUUCGCCACCAGCAUGUGGCAUCCUCUGGCCAGAGCCAGCAGGUCUUCCCCAUCACCUCCUCUGCUGUACCUGAGAUGGCCAGAGAUGCCAGGGACUGAACCUUGGGUCCCUGCAUGCAAAAGAGGUGCUGUGGCGAAGAACUCAUGGCCUUCCUAUGGGUUGAAAAUAUAGGGACUAAUCCAAAUCCCAACGCCAGAAAAUGAACAAUGAGAAAAAUGCUGGUUUAUGUAUUUAUGUAUGUAUGAAAUUUAUAGCCUGCCUUCUCCUUGCCAAAAAGUGCUGCUUUAAAAAAAAUCUAUGUUAAACAUACAGACUGAAUUAAAAUAACAUGUAAAUGAAAGACAGAAAAACCUAUUCAAAUGCUCUCUUAGAAAUACCAGGGUACUUUGGUGGUAUCUUAUGGUUUUGGGGGGUGUUUUGUUUUUUAAAAUAUUUAUCAUUAUGUAUUGAUUACAAGCGUUUCCAUCCCGUCCUUCCGCACAAGCGCUCAGGCACGAAUAGGCAUAAAGAUGCAUUAAGUACACUCAGGCCCAAACUGGAAACAUCCCAUUCUUUCUGCAUCAUCAAACCCAGUAACCCCUCACUUGACUGGAGCGUGUCAUUCAGACAGAUGCAGCCGGGAUGGAAAAAUAGACUAUCCUUCCUGAAGUUCUUCCGACGGCUAAAUAUAUCUGGCUCCUGUUUGUCCAGACUGCCAUGCAUGUGAUUGCUGAAUCCACAGACAGAUAUCAGAAAUAGUUCAUGUUUUCCCCUUAAAGAGACGACGGUCAAAUGGGGUGGCAGUGGUAGGAAACUUCCUCUCAAGAGCCAGUAGAGCAAGCCUGAUGAGGAGAGAAGGUCAGAGUGGGAGAACUCAGCAAUGAUACUGGAAAGUCUGGGGUGACAGAAGCAUGUGAUACAAUGGGGCUAUUAUUCAUGUGUGCUUUCCAGCAUCACUGGGAGCACCUCGGCCUCAGGUCCAUUCACAGCCAUUGUUGGGAUCAUGAGUUGGAAUGUCUUAUUCCACGAGAGUUGAAGUUGCUUAUUAGCAGGAAGGUCCGCCAGUUGAACGGACCCCCAUUGAUGUCAAAGCAGACAAGCACUUAAUCAAUGAGGAGCUAUUAAACUGGACUGUCUGCCAGGUUUAUAUGCUGGGACGCAUGUCAGCAUCCCAAACCAAUGUAAGAACAUUAAAAGCACAAAGGGAAUAUAAUUGCAAUAGAGGCAAUUUAAAACAGGAAUGAUAUGCCAAUGCAACCACUGUGUAGGGGUUAGAAUUUUGGAAUUUUGUCUCCACCUGGCCAUGAAGCUCACUGGGUGACUUUGGUCCAGUCACUCACUCUCAGCCUAACCUACCUCACAGGGUUGUUGUGCAUAUAAAAUAGCAAAGUGGGGGGCCAUGUAAGCCAGCUGAGGUUCCUUGCAGGAAAGAAAAGUGGGAUAUAAAUAAUGAUAAUAAGAUAACAACACUGGAAGCUGAAAAGCUGCAGCAGCUUUCUUCAGCCUGUUAUCCUCCAGACCUGUUGGACUGCAGGUCCCAUCUUUCCAAGCCAGCAUGGCUUCGCACUGAUGGCCAUGAUGACUGGCAAGGAUGGGGGUUGCAGUCCAACAUCCCUGGAGUGCAAUACGUUAGAACAGAUUCGGGAUCGCUGAGCUACAUCAGGUUAGAAGAAGCAGGGCAAGGACAAACAACAAUGUUCUCAGAGGACAAAUAGCAUCUAUGAAAGGUCCAAAAGCAGGGAAAGGAGGACCUCACCUCUCCGAAAGUCAACAGGGGAUCGUGGGUGUCCAUGAAGGGCAAGCAUUCCAGAGCUCUGGGCUGCCACGCCGAGGGCGACAGUCUCCGAAGGUCACCUGGGUGCCCUUGGGUGACGGGACCAUAAGCAGAGCCCAACUUCAGUGUUAGGGGACUUGAUCUGGCAUGCACAGGGUGGGGUGGGGACAUCCACUCCCUAAUCAGCUUCUGCUUCAUUAUGGUUUGCUGACCUUGAUCAUGCUGCAGUCCCUUGGCAUGCCGCCAAGUGCCUUUUUUUUGUUAGUGGGUGGCAUUGUUUACAAUUUAAUGAGCAGCUCAUGCCAUAUUGUUGCUGGGAUCGGAAGAGUAACCCUUUUAAAAUUCCCCAAACACGAAAAGGCCUUCAAAGAUUAAACUAGUGCCUGACUCUCUAUCUCCUCAAUUAAACUUGACUACGUGAUUUAUUAGCUAAAGCUGAUUGAUUAAUCCAUUAACUCACUGAUAAAAAGUCAAUCUAGGCCCACAGGGCAGGCUGUUGUUUGUAAGCCACUUCUUGGAUCUUCUGAGAAAUGCUUGGAUUACUACCAGCCCAUUACUGCUGACACCGUGUCCCUUCAUAACUCUGGUGAUUCAUGUGUUAAUGAACUUUCAAAUAUCAUUUUAUUCCAUGGGUGUGGCCCCAGCCUUAACAUUCUUUGACAUACAGAUGUGAGGCUGAACGCUUAUCUCAGCUACUUUGCUUGCUACUGCUAGUUCUUGGAAAACAACAAAGGCCAAUCUCAAAUGCAGACACAUCUCAAAGCAGGAAGAGAUCCAAGCUUUCCCGAUUUCCCCCUUGCUCUGUUUGGUUCUGGAUUUCUUUCUUUCUUUAUAUUCAUUCAUUGAUAUACCUUGUAUGGCUUUCUGCUGAAAGUUUUAUUUGGUCCAAGGUUCAGUCAGCCAGCACUGAGCUCUGUGGAGAGCGGUCGUGAGGUGGCUUUUCGAGCGGAGUGAUCCACCACCUCUGCGGUGGGCUUAAAAAAAGUGCAGCUUGAUAGGAAAUGCGCAGUUCCAAAACUCACAUCCUACAAAUGGUGCAUUCCUAGCUGAUGAUGUGUAAAGUAACACCCAGCCCCGUCUCCAGCAAAGCUCUUCCGGAGGACUCCACGGUUACUCGACACAGAAAGCUCACCGGCACUGCCAAGGUGAAGGAAGCAGAGGGCACGGGGAAGUUGUCACUGGCCCAAUGGUUCGAGUGGUGUGGGAGACUUGGAUUCUCGUCCCCACUUGGCUACAAACUUG